AUGUCCAUCACGACAACCACCAAUCCAACCUCGCGCGCUGUGCUCGAAGUCCUCACGGACUACGACUUACACCAUUCUGGCGAUCCUCAACGAUCAGGACCCCCUGAGCACCCCAAACCUCAGGCAAGAGCUCCUGAGCCAUAUAACAAUCCGCACUGGUGGCCAAACGAUCAUCGACGGAUUCCACCAUACCGACCAGUCAAUCGGAACCUGGAUCGAAGCCAGCGGCCGGCCGGCGUCAACAGAAUCGAGAGGGCUUUUAUUUUUACCAUGUUGAGAGGUGUUCAGUUGGAGGCUAAUAUUUCUACGCUCUGGAGACAUACAGGAGGCAAGUUGAAUGACAAGAUCUUCAGAUAUGACAUUGGUGGUGAGCGGUAG